AUGUGCAACGCGAGUACCGAUUGCGAAAAAGUCGCUAUUCUGAACGCGAAGAUCGCAGAGUGGUUGGCAUGGGACAAAAACGAAUCGACCACGGCCGCCUUGAGGGAUUUGGUGGCGCAGAAGAAGACCGAAGAGCUGUCGAGGAUCCUGCUGAACAGGAUAGCCUUCGGUACUGCAGGGUUGAGAGGGAGAAUGGCGGUUGGAUACGCGUGCAUGAACGAUUUGGUGAUUGUGCAGACCGGUCAGGGGUUGCUGAAGUACCUGGAAGAGGCUAACCAGGACCUGCUGAGGACGAACGGUAUCGUCAUUGGAUACGAUGGUCGGUACAACAGCAAGAGGUGGGCGGAAAUUACUGCUACCAUUAUGGCGAACGCAGGGUAUCCAGUCAAACUAUUUGGCCAAAUGGUACCAACUCCAUUCAUUCCAUUUUCCGUUAAAAAAUACGGAUGCGCUAGUGGAAUAAUGAUAACUGCCUCGCACAAUCCAAAGGAUGACAAUGGAUACAAAGCGUAUGGUCCCAACGGAGCUCAGAUCAUUCCGCCAGUCGAUGCCAAUAUCCAGAAAUCGAUCCUCCAGAAUCUAGAACCAUUAGACACCUCUUGGAACACCUCGAUGCUAGCGAAGACUGACCUGCUGAACGACCCCUUAGACGAAGUCCUCGAAGAUUACGUCAACAUCAUCAAAGAUGCCAUUCUUCCUGAGCACAGAGAGCUCAACGAACGUGUCAAUUUGCUUUUCACCUAUACUGCUAUGCAUGGGGUUGGUUUCAGGUACAUCCAAAGGGUUUUUGAAGCUAUAGGGAUCAAAUUCGUCCCAGUGUCAGAGCAAAUAGAGCCCGAUCCAGAAUUUCCGACUGUGAAAUUCCCAAAUCCCGAGGAAGGAAAAAGUAGCUUGGAUUUGUCAUUCAAGACGGCGAACCAAAAUGACAGCCCAGUGAUAAUAGCGAAUGACCCAGAUGCCGAUAGACUGGCAGUUGCUGAGAAGGAUCCUAAGAGCGGCGAAUGGAAAAUUUUCACCGGCAAUGAAUUAGGAGCUCUGUUCGGAUGGUGGAUGCUGCACUGUUUCAGAAAAAAAUACCCGGACGAACCGUUGGACAGGGUGUACAUGAUCUCCAGUACGGUCAGCUCUAUGAUCCUGAGAACCAUGAGCAAACAAGAGGGAUUCAAUUAUGUUGACACCCUUACUGGAUUCAAAUGGAUCGGCAAUAAGGCUCUAGAUCUGGAAAAAGAAGGAAACAAAGUGAUAUUCUGCUUCGAGGAAGCGAUCGGCUUUAUGUGUUCCACCGAUGUGAUCGACAAGGACGGGAUCACAGCUGCAUUUCAGGCAACGACCAUGGCCUCCUAUCUUUACAGCGAAAAUAAGACUCUGUCGGAUAAACUCGCCGAGAUAUAUUCCACCUACGGCCAACACGUAUCCUGCAACUCCUAUUAUAUUUGUCAUGAUCCGAAAAUCAUAAAAAUGAUCUUUGAUAGGAUUCGGAAUUUCAAUGGCGAGAAUACGUACCCUCAAGAAAUCCUCAACAAUAAAUAUCCGAUAACUUCCGUCAGAGAUCUCACAACUGGAUUUGAUAGUAGCCAACCGGACAACAAAGCCAUUCUACCAGUUUCAUCUGACAGUCAAAUGAUUACUUUCAACUUUUCAAACGGAUUGAUUUGUACGUUGAGAACUAGUGGCACUGAACCGAAAAUAAAGUACUACACGGAGCUCUGUGCUAGUCCAGAUAUCAGAGAUGAAUCAGCAAUUCAAGCUACAUUACAAGAACUGGUUGCAGCCAUAUGUGAAGAUUUUUUGCAGCCAAAACUACACAAUCUGAUACCAAAAUCAGACUGA